AUGGACAAUGCAAGAAUGAGCUCCUUCCUGGAAUACCCCAUCCUCAGCGGUGGCGACUCGGGGACCUGCUCUGCGCGAGCCUAUCCUUCCGACCAUGGAAUUACAACUUUCCAGUCGUGCGCGGUCAGUGCCAACAGCUGUGGCGGCGACGACCGCUUCCUAGUGGGCAGGGGGGUGCAGAUCAGCUCGCCCCACCACCACCACCACCACCACCACCAUCACCCCCAGCCGGCCACCUAUCAGACUCCAGGGAACCUGGGGGUAUCCUACUCCCACUCCAGUUGUGGUCCAAGCUACGGCGCGCAGAACUUCGGCGCGCCUUACAGCCCUUACGCGUUAAAUCAGGAAGCAGAAGUAAGUGGUGGGUACCCCUCGUGCGCUCCCGCUGUUUACUCUGGAAAUCUCUCAUCUCCCAUGGUCCAACAUCACCACCACCACCAGGGUUAUGCCGGGGGCGCGGUGGGAUCGCCUCAGUACAUUCACCACUCAUAUGGACAAGAGCACCAGAACCUGGCCCUGGCCACGUAUAAUAACUCCUUGUCCCCUCUCCACGCCAGCCACCAAGAAGCCUGUCGCUCCCCUGCAUCUGAGACGUCUUCUCCAGCGCAGACCUUUGACUGGAUGAAAGUCAAAAGAAACCCUCCCAAAACAGGAAAAGUUGGAGAGUACGGUUACGUUGGUCAGCCCAAUGCGGUGCGCACCAACUUCACCACCAAGCAGCUCACGGAGCUGGAGAAGGAAUUCCACUUCAACAAGUAUCUGACCCGCGCCCGCAGAGUGGAGAUUGCCGCGUCCCUGCAGCUCAAUGAGACCCAGGUGAAGAUCUGGUUCCAGAACCGUCGAAUGAAGCAGAAGAAACGAGAAAAGGAGGGCCUCUUGCCCAUCUCUCCCGCCACCCCGCCGGGAAGCGAGGAGAAGGCCGAAGAAUCCUCGGAGAAGUCCAGCUCCUCGCCCUGCGUUCCUUCCCCCGGGUCUUCUACCUCAGACACGCUGACUACCUCUCACUGA